AAAAACAUGCAAAAUUUCCAUAUAUUUUGGUGAGAGGAAACAUAUUUUUAAAAAGUUGUUGAUCUGUACAACUUGAAGGUUCAGUUUUAUUUUUCUUGAAGAGAUGUCGGAAGAAUUAGGAAAAUCAUAUGACCGUGACAUCUGUAAAAAGUCAUUCUUAGAAGAAAGUAAAUUCAAUCAACACAAACAAAUUCAUGCAGGGGAAGCACCAUAUCACUGUACUAUCUGUGGUAAAUCAUUCUCUGUUUGCAGUAGCCUAACUGCACACAAACUAAUUCAUACGGGUGAGAAACCAUAUCACUGUAGUAUCUGUGGUAAAUCAUUGUCUGACAGGAACAGCUUAACUAAACAUAAACGUAUUCAUACAGGGGAGAAACCAUAUCACUGUGAUAUCUGUGGUAAAUCAUUCUCUGAAAGCAGCAGCUUAACUAAACACAAACGUGCUCAUACAGGCGAGAAACCAUACCCCUGUGAUAUCUAUGGUAAAUCUUUCUCUCAACACAGUGGCUUAACUCAACACAAACGUAUUCAUAUAGGGUAGAAACCAUACCCCUGUGAUAGCUAUGGUAUGACAUUCUCUGGAAACAGUCACUUAAAUAUACACAAAUGCAUUCACUCACGAAAAAUCAAUUCACAAUGAUAUCUGUGGCAAAUCAUUUCUGAUUUAAACUGAAGUCUUUCCUUA